AUGUGUGCCAUAGAAGUGCGUGUUGGACAGCUUUCUGAUGAUCGACUUGCCAAGGAAAUGUCGCAGGUGGAAAGUAGUAAGAUGCUGGGCGUUUCAUACGAACUGAGCUUCUACGUGGCCGGGGCCAAGGAGGAGUCCCCGAAGCCGCAGGACACCGUCACCUUCUCCGUGCGCAAGGUGCAGUACGCCCCGAUCAACCCUGACCACCGCCAGCCCCAGCUCCUCGUCCGCAGGAACUACUCCCUCUCCCCGGGCAGCCUCAUCCUCGACGUCAGCCUCGGCCGCGACAUCUACUUCCACGGGGAGGAGAUCGAGGCCCACAUCACCAUCAGCAACAACUCGAAGAAGACCGUGAAGUCCAUCGCCGCCGAGGUCAUCCAGCACGUGGACAUCACCAUGACCAACAUGUACUACACGCGCGCGGUGGCCUCCCUGGAGUCGCGCGACGGCUGCCCCAUCAUCCCCGGCGCCUCCCUCUCCCGCUCCAUCGCCCUCAGACCCGUCAUCGCCAACACCAUCGCCAGUCGCUUCGGGGUCGCCCUCGACGGCCAGGCCAAGGACAAGGACGCGAGUCUCGGCUCCUCCACCCUCUGCAACGCCAACAGUAGCGCCAACGACUGCCUGGGCAUCCUGCUCUCCUACUCCUUCCGCCUGAGACUCAACUGCGGUGCCAUCGGGGGGGCGAUAUCCUGCGACCUGCCCUUCAAGCUCAUGCACCCCGACCCCUCGGCGCCGACGGAGGAGGACGACCUCGAGUUCGAAGACUUCACUCGACUCCGGCGCGGAAAGUCCUUCGAAAGCUCCGGAGAAUAA